AUGGCCAUCUACAGCUGUAACAUAUUCCUUGCAGUAGCUAGGACCAGAGGAUCACGCCUGCUUGUACACUCCUGCUGUUCCCUGUUCUCCUCAUCAGCUGCCCUUGCACAACUGUUGGAUUCCCACCAUAAUGGAACAUUCCUGAAGGACUCUGAAAGCCACCAGCUCCUCUCCAGUUCACCGCAGGGAAACGGUUGGCCCCACUUGCUGAUUAGACCGAUGCGGAUGUUUCACACGUCAGCUUAUUGGCAUCAGGACAAACCUCGCCCUGAGCCAAGUACUGUAAGAACAAACCACACUCCGGCCAGCCCUCCAGGCAAGGCCGCCGAGACCAUCAGGAGAUCGCUCUGGCAGAGGAUUGUAGAUGAACUGAGACACUAUUACAACGGAUUCCACUUGCUCUGGAUCGACACCAAAGUCGCCGCUCGGAUGGUCUGGAGACUGUUACACGGGCAAGUCCUCACCAGGCGGGAGAGACGAAGGCUGAUGAGAACAUCAGCAGAUCUUUUCCGACUGGUUCCCUUCUUGGUGUUCAUCAUAGUACCUUUCAUGGAAUUCCUGUUACCUGUAUUUCUUAAACUCUUUCCUGAGAUGUUGCCUUCAACCUUUGAAACGGAAUCUAAAAAGGAAGAAAAGCAGAGGAAGAAACUGAGUGCCAAGCUGGAGCUAGCCAAAUUCUUGCAGGAGACGAUUGCGGAGUUAGCCAGAAGGAACAAAGCCAGCACGGGAGCAGCUACCCAGCUUUUUUCCUCCUACGUUCAGAAGGUUCGACAUAGCGGCCAGCAACCCAGCACUCAGGAAAUCGUGCAGUUUUCCAAACUGUUUGAGGAUGAGCUGACCCUGGAACACCUGGAACGGUCCCAACUGGUCAUCCUUUGCAAACUGUUGGAGUUACAGCCCAUUGGCACCAACAACCUCCUCCGCUUCCAGCUUUUGAUGAAGCUUAGAUCCAUCAAAGCUGAUGAUGAGAUGAUAGCCAAGGAAGGUGUUAAUGGCUUGAGCGUGUCUGAGCUGCAGAGUGCGUGCAGAGCAAGAGGAAUGAGGUCAUUGGGCCUCACGGAGGACCAGCUCAAAGAGCAACUGAACCAGUGGCUGGAUUUGAAUCUCAAAGAAAAAGUUCCUCCUUCCUUGCUCCUGCUUUCUCGUGCCUUGUACUUGACCGACGUGAGUCCCAAACCGAUGGUGGUGAAUACAACUAAGCCUCUGAAGAGUGAGGAUGCAGAAAUAGAGGAGGAUGAGGAUGAGGAAGAGGAGGAGACCUUGUUGGACUCUGCCCCCAUUGUGCAGGAAAGGAAGAGUGAAGAGUUUGUAUUGCCUCCAAAGGAUAAAUUAUCAGUUCCUGAAAUAUCGGUCAAGCCUCCUGUGGGAGAGACGAAAAUAGAAGCACCCCGGAGCAGCAAAGCCAGCGCCAAUGGUGUCUAGUC